GCGCGUUUUCCAGCCAUCUAUACAAUGUGAUAGACUAGGACAGUAUUAAAGAAGGAAGUGUUACGAUUGUGUCACUUUUGUGGAUUUUGUUGGAAAGAUGUACAUUAUUUUUGGGCAGUAUAUCAACACAUGACGGAAUGUAUCUUUUAACAUUCCUCCCGGCUCCGCGGUCUCUCCACUUCGCUUUCUUUUUAUAUUUUAGUGUAUUCAUAUUGCCAGCAUCUUUAGCACGUUCGUAUGAUUUGUGCACGUGCAAUCAGUUGACCUGUGACAACACGAUGAAUUGUAGUUACGGUGAAGUACUGGACCAGUGUGGUUGUUGCAUGGUUUGUGCCCGUGGAAAGGGAGAGACUUGUGGCGGAGGACCGGAGAGUUCGGGUGGUGUCUGUGCCAAGGGUCUGCAGUGUGUAAUUAGUGCCAAACCUGGUGAUAUUGUCACGGGAAAGGAACAGGGGAUAUGCCAAGAAAUUUCCCCCGACUGUGAUACCUCAGCCUGUGAUUCUAUCGUAACCCACCGAUGUCCGUCUGAUUCCAUUCUCGUAUACAACAGUACUCAGGAGGAGACGGCAUGUUGUAAAACAACGUAUGAAUGCCGAUGUGAUAUGAUAUGUAAGGAACCGAGGUGUGCUGCAGGACAUACACCACAAAUACUUCGUCAUAGCAACAAGCGACCAGGCUCGUGUUGUGAUCUCUAUCACUGUAAAAUUUCUGGUUGUUGGUCAGACCAGGGUAAAGUGUACAAGAAUGGUGAAACUUGGAAGGAAGGAGACUGUGUAACAUGUCUGUGUUCGAAUGGCAAGAAACAGUGCCAGGCAGAGAUGUGUAUGAAGACCUGUCUCAGUCCAAAAUAUGUCUCUGGCAGGUGCUGCCCAAUCUGUGAUACUCCAUCUCUGUACCCAAACCAGUCCUCAAGUAAAUGUCCGAGUCUUUCUACAUGUAACAUCACGUGUCAGACUGGUCUGCAGCAGACGCCAGAUGGAUGUCAUCUCUGUAAAUGUAAACCAGAUGGUUGCUUUAAGGACUGUAGUUAUGGAUAUGUAACAGAUGAACUGGGACAACCGACCUGUCAGUGUCAUGUUAGCCCACCCGAUUGCCCGGCCCUUCACACAUGUUCCAAACACUGUAGUCAUGGUUACAAACUGAGCAAGAAAGGAUGUCCAAAAUGCCGUUGUCACAAAUGUCAGUCCUUGACCUGUGACAAACACUGUUACCAUGGGUUACAAAGAGAUAGACAUGGAUGCAAAGUUUGCAAAUGUCAAGAAGCAUUGUGGGAGAAAAACUGUACCAUGAACAUGACCGAGUUCACGCCAGGACAGUCGUGGUUAGACGGCAACUGUAACAGAUGUAUGUGUAAACGUGAUGGCACUGUUGUAUGUGAGCCACGUACAUGUCCACAGCUCUCAUGUGCAUUUAUGGUUAAGAAAGAUGGGUCCUGUUGUCCAGUUUGUCUCAAUAUUACCAUUUCACAAUUUUUAACCCCUGAAACUAGAAGCAACACAGAAAAAAUUGUUGAAGAAGACUCGAAUACAGACAGUGUAGAUAUGAAAGAUAUGGAAGAAAAAUACAUUAUUUCACUUUCGAUUGUUGGAAGUUUUGUGAUGAUUUUGUUAAUUCUAGUGUUUGUAUUACUAUAUCUAAAACUUAAACAGCGACACCAGGCGAGCUGGAGCGUCGCUGGUCAAGACACAUACUGUAAAUGUCCGCUAUUUGUCGGACAUUCUCCAACAUUACAGCAUAAAUAUAAUUUAAAUGGAGAAAUUCCAAAUAAAUUGAGUUAUGACACAGUGGUUGUGCAAAAGUAUGAUCACCCUUGUAUAGAAGUUUCAAUAAAAUCUGAUUCGCCAGAUGAAGAGCGAAAACUUUUUCUGACAAAUGAAGAUCAAGAGAAGGAAAACUGCGGGAAUCUCCAGUCACAUUGCUUGUACAAGGAUUGGGCAGCUAUUUGAAAUGUGCCAAUGAAAAUGAACCUUUGGUGUUUUCUUUUAUGUGAUUGGAUGAAAUUCAAGGGAGAAUUAUGUCUGAUUUAGACAGGGGAGAUAAGUGCUAGAGAUAUAAAUAGGCUUUUAUAUGCUGACUGCAGGCUUGUUAACUGGUUUACUGGAAGUGGACCAAUCAUUAUGUGCAACAGCAUAAAAUGAAUGUAUUUUCAUAUUUUUGAGAACUGACCAUUGUAUAUAUGACCAUUGGAACUUAUUUAACUGUAAAAUACAGUAAAUGACCAAUUUAGAAAGAAUACAGAGAUGAUUGUUUCAAAUAGACAGAAUCUGUGAAAUUAUUCUGAGAAGAGGGAGUUAACUGGUAUCUUAUGAAAUUUCUGUUUCUCCCAUGUAAAGGUUUGCCAGAAGAAAUACACAUCCUGUUUCUUUAUUUCUGCCAUUUAUACAUAUGAACCACCAGACUAGCACAUUCUGGUUGAUGGUAGACCAGCUGUAAAUUGUCAGUGCAGUUUUGUACUUGAACUAGUAUGGUCAUUACACACAAAGUUGAAUUUAUCUUCGAUUAUUGAUCAAACUUUUCUGCUUUAUUCAGUAUAAAUAAUCAAAAAUAGACUUUAAAACAGUUACAAAAUCAAAACAUACGCAAAAACUAUGAAGUAAUGUACACAGUUCCAUUUUUUAAGUAUUACUGCAUGGGUUUCUCAUGUAAUCUUUCUGUUUGUGAGCUGAUCUCUGCCAGUUGUUACAUACAUUUUGAUCUGACAAGUACAUGGCUGAUAGAGCUACUGUACAGUGGUGUAGAAUUUGUUUCUGUAUUGUUAAUUUAUUCCAUGACAGAAUUUAUGUAAAUAUUGUGCAUAUAUGAAUCUCCUGUGUUGUGUAAAUGUGUUGUGUUUCAUUUAUAUGCCUGAGCAGUUACACAUACAAGUUAAAACUGAUGAUACUUUUGAGGGGAUCAGAGUGGUUGAUUUGUUGAUUGACUGAUCACUUGAUUGAUUAGUUGAUUGAUUUAUUGAUGAUUGAUUGAUCCUGAAGAAAUUCAAAUGAACAAGAUAAAAAGACUACUGAGCCUGGCAUGUUGCAGCUACCUUACACUGGGGCACAGCAACAUAAAGCAUUUUACCUUCCUUCAAGUAAAAUCUGUUGAUUCCAAAUUACAGUCUUGCACAAAAACACCAUAUUUUGCACAACAGUUUUUAGCAUUACAAAAUGAAUAAUGUGUGGAAUUAUAAAAUACAAGUAGCUGUCUGUUGCCAAAUGACUGCCACAAUACUCCUUUUGAAAGAUAUGUGAAUGCUAGGGUUAUUUUCUUUUUUUGAAUCGAGAUAUUUCACACUGAGAUAAUGAGGUAAAAAACAUUAUUACCUGAUAACUGUCAAACGUAUUUACUGUAUGUAAUUCAGAUGUAAAAAAAAGGGAAAAUAAAUUACAAUUAAAAUUGGUGCAAGCAUUAUAACUGACAGAUUCACUGUAAUUUGCUGGAUUAAUUGGAAAGAUGAUUACUAUGUACACCUGUACUGGCAGGUUGUGUGGUAACUUUUUACAGUAGUCAAGAGACACUUCACAAUUUUGAAUAUUUUGUUAUCUCUAAGGUUUUAUUAUGGCAAUACGUGAUUGAUAACGGUAUGACAGUUUUGGUAUGAUCAGCUUUUUAUGUGCAUUUAUUGAUUUCCAAUCGCAUUUUGAUUAAAUAAGAAGUUUUCUGAUUGCAUGAUAUAAUUUGGAUUUGCUGCAAAAUAGUCUGUCUGGAUUAGUAAUUGAUUAGUAGGAUGCAUUCAAUUGUAGAAUGUAAUCAGUAAAUGCAUCUAAGAAUUAAUACAAAUAUAGAAAACAGGCUGAAAUAGCAAUAAGUUCAAAUUAUUUCUGGGGAAUCAAACUUCUAAAAUUAACCUUUCUAUUCCCCAUAUGCAAAGCAGCAUUUUUCACAUUGUGGCAUUAUCAAGCUGAUAGGUGUAUCUGCAAGUUUUUUUCAGUGAUAUGCCACACUAAACAUAAAAUUUGAUUAAACUGUAAAUUUCAGGAUCAUGGAAACGCCCUAUAGCAAAUGUUUGUGCAGAAAAACAUGGUAAAAUUAUUUAUUUUAAUUUUUUCUUCCAAGACCUACAAAUCAUUGUUUCAUGAAUGAGCCUUUGAGCAAAUAUUCAUUUCACAAUUGUGCUUAUUUUUAGUUUAUCAAUAUUAUCUAAAUAUAAUAUGUGAACCUGUCAUACUUGAUUGAUACUUCACAAAUGAUUGUGUUUUAUUACAGAAAUUGCAAAUGGGAAUGCAGACAUCAGUUUGAGAAAUAAUGAACAAUUUCUUAAAAUAACUCGUUGCUUGAUAAUAACCAGUUUUUUCUUCUAAAAUUGUAUAGAAAAGUUUAAAAAAAAGUAAUAGGUUUUCAGUCAGUCUCUGCAAAAACUAUGAGGAAAGGAGAAAUAAUUAUUUUAUCUGUAGCCUCCACUACAAGCUGGCUUUGGUGUAGUUUCCUAUAGGCACCUACAAUUUUUUUCCAGUAUGUGCAAAUAAAUAAUUCGCCUUCCUGCCAAAGUUGAAAAUAGGGGGUAAACAUUCAUCAGGUGAUAGUACUGUAUAUAUAGGGUUUGAAAAUUUCUUGUUAUAUUUGAUGCAUAAUAAAACACCUGAAGAAAAUGGUUGUUUCAACAUUAUUUUAUUUACCUUGGUCUUAUAAAAUAAACAGCAUGUUAAAAGGUGUUUUUAUAACUAAACACUUGAAUUUUUGGUUACAUACAGCAGCCACCUGGUUUUCAGUUUGUCAGGGUAGUUGCCAAAGAGCAGUUUUACUGUAACAGAUCAUUAGGAUACAGCAUGUGAGACAGUAAACCAUUACACUCCAGACAGCAAUUAAAGAACAAUUUUGUCACAUUCCUGUGAAUAUUUCUGUAUCAAAGAAGACCCAUCUUACAUAAUAAGAAACAGAGAUCAGAGGGUCAGCCAAGUCAACAAAUGGUAUCCUUUAUGUAGAUGUGGGGUAUUACAUCAGUUAUAAAUACUUGAAUAGUACAUAAAAUGUUCUUGGAUUUUUUUAAAGUGCAUGCUUUAAACAGAAUAAUCAUUAGAGGUAUAUUUGUUUGAUCUAUUGUUUUUUGCUAAGAAGAAACCGAUCUAAAUUAAAGGCACUGGCCUCCAUAUCGUUCGACAACAAAAAAAGGAGAUUCUUUCAGAUAUCUGGAAUUAAAGCUAUGCUUUGAAACUUAAUUACUGACAGACUAUAUGUUACGGAAACACAUGAGAAUUAGUUGUUUUUACCACUUUUUACGAUGAAUGUAACGCUUUACUCGAGGUAAACUGCCUCGAUUAUAAAUCUCUAUGUUUAACGCGCAUUGAACACUAAACCCUCCAUAGCGCUAUUGGUAACAGCAACGGAAAAGUUUUUUAUUGCCGCUUUGGUCCGGGUUUGAUUCCCGACACGGUCAUCUUUUUUUCUUGAUUUGGCAUUUUUAAAAUAGUUUAAAAAACGAAAACUCAUAUUCUAAUUUUCAUAAUAUGACCAAACUUCAGUUUGAAAGAAAUGUAAUUUUUUAGCCAAAAUCUGGAGGUCAGUGCCUUUAAAUGAUGAAAUUAAUAUUUGAGAAAAUAUGAAACUUAUUCUUACUGGUAUGUAAUGAAAAAUAUGAUUGAUCAAACAGGUUAUUUUGCUUUUAAACGUAGAAGUUUGGAAUUAUUCAGUUUUUGUAGAUUUGCUUGCUAAUUCAACUGAUUAAUAUAAUAAUUUGGAGCUUUUUUAUUAGGCAUCAUGUGUUCAUACAUGCUUUAUACUUUUUCUGUAUUGGUGCAAGAUUCAGUAUUGUUGUACAUUUUACUUAGUGUAAUUGUAGAAGUGUUUGAGAGCAAACAAAUAGGGCAGUUUAGUGGAAAAUCCUGAUAGAAAUGUUUACAACACUGUACAUAUCAGAACUGAAUAAAUGAUGAAACCAUC